AUGGCGGGCGCGCCAGCUCCGCCAGUGUCGUCGACGAAAGCGGAGGCGUUCGCGAGCCUGUCGAUUCUGCUGCAGAUCGCCAUGCUCAUGGUCGCAUUCGUCGUCGGACAUAUCCUGCGACGUCGCAAGGUGUACUACAUCCACGAGGGCAGCGCCGCCCUGCUCAUUGGCCUCGUGGUGGGCUCCGUGGGCAACUGGCGAGGCACUCAGGAGAGCUUCAGCCUUCAAGUGAAGCCGUUUUUCAACAACUUUGGAGCCAUAGUCACCUUUUCAUGUCUCGGCACUUUCCUCUCAGCCAUUGUCACUGGCAUCCUCGUCUACGUGGGCGGAUUCCUCUUCCUCAUGUACAAGCUCUCCUUCCUCGAAGCUCUCAUCUUCGGAUCCCUUAUCUCCUCCACCGACCCGGUUGCUGUGCUCGCCAUCUUCCAGGACGUGGGAGCAGACACGAAUCUCUAUGCGCUUGUGUUCGGCGAGUCUGUGCUCAACGACGCGGUGGCCAUUACCAUGUACAGAUCGCAGCCCAUCAGCGCAACCAGUCAGUUCCUCCCUCCCCUCCAACCGCACAGGACCGUGAUGACCAUCAUUCGCAACCCUGCAGCCGACCCAAGCAUCUCUGCCGCCUUCCAAUACGCCGCCAUAACCUUUGCAGGCUCCACCUCCAUUGGUAUUUCUAUCUCUUUCCUACUCCCCCACAUACGUGGUUGCUUCAAACGCCUCUUAACUUUUCCCUCACCUUUCCCUUUCCCUGUGCUGCCUCAUCUCUGCCUGACCUCUUCCAACUUUGCCCUGACCUCUUCCAACUUUGCCCUGACCUCUUCCAACUUUGCUCUGCCCUCUUCCAACUUUGCUCUGCCCUCUUCCAACUUUGCUCUGCCCUCUUCCAACUUUGCUCUGCCCUCUUCCAACUUUGCUCUGCCCUCUUCCAACUUUGCUCUGCCCUCUUCCAAGUUUGCUCUGCCCUCUUCCAACUUUGCUCUGCCCUCUUCCAACUUUGCCCUGCCCUUCUCCACUCGACUCAAGAUCCAUUUGUACCCAUCCUUAACUCCGUUGUGCCGUUUUGCUACGUGUGACCUGGUGUGUUGCUGUAUACGGCGUACCAUCCAACACCUCUUCAAGUAUGCCGGCCUCUCCGUGAAGAAUCUUCACAACCUCGAGUGCUGCCUCAUCGUUCUCUUCCCCUACAUCUCCUAUCUCGUGGCGGAGGGCCUUGCACUCUCAGGCAUCGUUGCCAUCCUCUUCUGUGGAAUUCUCAUGAAGCGCUACACCUUCCCCAACCUCUCAGAGGUGGCUCAAGUCCUCUCUGCCGGCUUCUUCCAGCUCAUCGCCUCCAUCGCUGAGACCUUCACGUUCAUCUACAUGGGAACGGAGAUUGCUCUGGGGGAGCACCAGCGGUGGGGGCACAUCAGCUUCAUCUUCUUCUCCAUCCUCUUCAUAGCUGUAGCAAGGGCCGCGAAUGUGUUUCCGUGCGCGCAUCUCAUCAACCUCUUCCGCCCUCCCUCCAAGCAAAUACCUGACAGCCACCAAAAGGCGCUCUGGUUUAGUGGUCUGCGAGGAGCCAUGGCGUUUGGGCUGGCUCUGCAAGCAACACAUGACCUACCCAACCACAGCCAUGGGAGGGCGAUAUUCACCACCACAACAGCUAUUGUCAUGCUCACUGUGAUUCUGCUGGGCGGCAGCACGUCGACUGUGCUGGAGCGGCUGCGUGUGACGGGGGACAGAUACAGCCAGCUGAGACAGCCGGAUGACACAUCGGACGAGGAAGAAGAAGAGGGCAGUGGCAUGACGCACGGCCUCAUACAUGCACAUGAGGACACACAUGGGAGCGCACGCGGCCAUGGGCAUGGUGAUGGGCGUGGGGGAGGGCGAGGAGGAGGGCGAGGAGGAGGGCGAGGAGGAGGGGAGCCGAAUAGGGCUCCGUUUUCGCCCCAGAAGUUGGGCUCUGCUGAUGUGUAUUCCCAACACCAUGUCAACAUCCUGCCAGAAAACCCUUCCUUUGAGGACCUUGAUUCGAAGUACAUCCGGCCGUUCUUCACCGCUGAGCCUGCACCUGAUACACGACGAAAGGAGGGUGCAGGGGCGGACAGGGCGGGUGAGAGGGACAGAGGUGGAGGAGUGGGAGGGGGAGUGGGAGGAGUGGGAGGAGGAGUGGGAGGAGGGAGGUCGCCCCAAAUCACCUCACCACAGAGGAGAGGGGCCAGUGGUGUUGGCAGUGGUGGUGCUACUCCUGCUGCUGCUGGCGGGCUUUCAGGGAAUUCUGUGGUCGCUUGCUGUAACCACAAGUUCGCCAUGUCGUCAGACCCGCCGUGUUACCUUCCAGAUGACUCGGACGAAUCGCCCGAGCAUAGCGACGAUAACUGGGAUAGCUCUAGCGAGGAUACUGGUAAACGGAGAGAAGCCAAGGAGAAGGCAGAUGUAGUCUCGGCGAUUUUGCUGGCGGCAGCAGCGUCGGAUGCGGAGAGCCGUCCAAUUGGCGACGAUGAGGUGGACGCGGUGCUGCGAGAGCUAGGCGUUAGUAACAAUGACGUCAGCAACGACGUCAGCAGAGACUGUAUCGAGGGAAGCAAUAAUGGAGGGGAGCCUCGGAGAAAGGAGGGAGAAGAGUCGGGAGGAGAGAAGAGAGGGAAGGAGAGAGGAGGAAGUGGAGGCGAAGGGAGAGGAGAGAGGAGAUUCGAGGACAGAGGAGGAGAAAGCGAAGCAGAUAGAGGCAGAGAGAGUGAGAGCGUGGGGAACGGCGAGCCGUGUGAACAGGCCAUACUCAUGCCAUCUCUCUGCCCACCCAACCUCUGCUCACCUUCACCGCAGGACGAGAACCAGCAGGAGUGGCGGCAGCACGGCCGGCAUUUCCUGUCGACUCAAAAGCUUUCCCGUCCACCCCCUUGCCACGCUGCCCUCCACUAUGCGCCUGGACCCCUCAGGUACGGGGACGAGUACAAGCUAGCAGCGUUCGGAGGGGUGCUGCAGGCGCUGGUGGCGUAUGUGGAAUCGACAGGAGACCACAUCCGGAGCAUUGCUGCUGGGCUGCAUCAGGUCCUCUUCCUCGUGCGCGGCUCCUUCUACCUGGUGGCCAUCACAGAUGCGGGCGAGCCGGAGCCAAUCAUAGAGCGACAGCUGGACCACCUCCACAAGAUGCUCCUCAUGCUGCUGACGUCAGCCAUUGAGAGGUCGUUUCUGCGCAACCCCAAGUUUGACAUCCGGCCACUGCUGGGCGGCACGGAUCGUCUCUUCUCCGCUCUCAUCCACUCCUUCUCCUGGGACCCAGCCAGCUACCUCUCGUCCAUGCGCUGUCUGCGCAUACCGGCAUGGGUGCGCACAACAGUGAGCGGCGCAAUCAAGACGGCUGCCGCCGCCUCCCCUGCGCUCUUCGCGCUGGUCUUCUCGGGCUUUGAGGUGGUGACAGUGGCGCACAGGAAGCGAGAGCCUCUUCACUCCGAUGACAUUUUCCUGCUGCUCAACUUCCUCAACGCCUCAGAUUCCUUUCGAACAUCCCCCGAGUCCUUCACGCCAGUGUGUCUCCCUCACUACAACCCCGCCGCCUUCCUCUAUGCCUAUUCCUUCACGCCCGUGUGUCUGCCUCACUACAACCCAGCCGCCUUCCUCUAUGCCUAUGUGCACUACUGGGCGGCAGAGCAGCCACUGCCGCCCACUCCUUGCACCAUCCACUCCCACUCCUCCCUCCACUCCAACGCCCCCCGCUCAAACUCCUCCCGCUCCUCCUCCCGGUCGCAAGCAAGUGCUGUGUACGAUCACCACCAGUCGCGGGGAGACACGGGGCUGCUGCUUCUUUCCGCUGAUCCCAACAGCUUCCACUCACUCAAAGACGUCAGGGUGGCAAUGGAACGCACGCUGCUACAGUGCAACAUCUUCCAGGAAAUUUCCUCUGCAGCUUCCUCUCCUUCUCGCGGCGUCACUGUUCAUCUCGUCCAAUCACACAUCGACUCGAUCGCCGCCGCUUCUGCUGCAGCCAAUAGGAGCGCUCGCACCACCACCACCGCCACUACUAGUAGCAGCAGCAGCAGCAGCAGCAGCAGUAGUAACAACGCUAGGCUCUCUCCCUUUCCUCCCUCCUCUCCUCGCUUCACUACCCCUUCUCGCAUCGCCACCACCACUGCCACCAACCCUCCAACCACCACCACAACCACAAAAUCCUCCUCCUUUCCUCAACGCACCUCCUCCCCUGCUCUCCGCUCCUCCUCUCGCCCUCUCCGUUCCUCCUCCCCUGCCCGCCGCUCCCCCUCCCCCUCUUCCCGCCGCUCUUCCUCCCCCUUCCGAUCUCCCGCCCUCCUCCCCUCCCCCCAACCCCCUGGGUUGCCCUUUCCUGAUCCAUACGGACUAGGCCCUGGCAUGGGGUGUGAUAUUAUCCCCAUGGGCCAAUCAGAAAACGGUGCUGACGAGGAUGAUGAUUACUCAGGGGCGUUCGACCAAUCAGAGGGCCAGGGGGUGUUUGGUGGUGGGGGGGAGAGGGAGGGGGAGGGGGGAGGAGAAGGUGCGGAGGGAGGGGAAGGGGAGGAGGAAGGAGAGGAGGGAGAGGAGGAGGAGGAUGAGGAGGAGGAGGAUGGAGCAGUGUUAGCACUGGAAAAGCUGAGAAGUGUAUUGGGAGGGGGCAUGGCUGUGGGUAUGGGCAUGGGUACGGGUAUGGGGAUGGGCCAGCAUGAAAACGAUUCACCAGUGACAGAAGUGCCAAUAUCUGUUCCUCUUGAGCCAUCCUCUGCUCCACCCAACCGGUCCCUCCCUCCUCCUCUCACCAUUCCCACUCAGAUAUCCCCUCAGGUGCCGGCACAGCCACUCACACAGACACCCACACGGAUGGCAGCACAGGUCGCAGUGCAGAUAGCAGCGCAAGCAGCGCCCAUGUGGGGCCCGCAGGGUCUGCUGCACUUCGUGUUCCGCAGCGUGCCUCUGCGCCAGUUCGUCCUGGCGGAGUUCCCCUCAGCGCUGAGCGACAGACGGCAGCAGAAGACUCUUCUGCGGGCUUACCAGACCAUGCACUCCUCCAUGACAGCUCAGACCCCCGUCACCGCACCGCACGCUACUGGCGGCGCCACGUCAGCAGCCUCCUCUGCCAUGUCAGCAUCCUCGUCGUCCGCGACAGCGUCAUCAUUGCUGGCUGCGAUGGAAACCGGUGGCAGCUGCCCCGUGCCGGGCGGCAUCAAGACGCAGUACAGACGAACCAAGGACUUCGUGCUCCUCUCCUGGCGAACACAUGACUUUGAGAUCAUGGCUGCAUUCGACCCUCUCGCAACUAAGGUGCGGUUAGGGGCAUGGCAUGGUGGUGGCAUGGGAUGGUGGUGGCAUGGCAUGGUGGUGGCAUGGCAUGGUGGUGGCAUGGCGUGGUGGUGGCAUGGCAUGGUGGUGGCAUGGCGUGGUGGUGGCAUGGCAUGGUGGUGGCAUGGCGUGGUGGUGGCAUGGCGUUGUGGUGGCAUGGCAUGGUGGUGGCAUGGCAUGGUGGUGGCAUGGCAUGGUGGUGGCAUGGCAUGGUGGUGGCAUGGCAUGGUGGUGGCAUGGCAUGGUGGUGGCAUGGCGUGGUGGUGGCAUGGCGUGGUGGUGGCAUGGGAUGGUGGUGGCAUGGCAUGGUGGUGGCAUGGCGUGGCUUAG